CCUUCCGCAACGGGAAAGGAGAGAUGUGUCGGCCGUCCUGAGGGAGUACACGAUGAAGGCGGCCUUCUGGGGUGCCGUCCUCCUCCUGGGUCUCCUGCUCGUCGCGUCGGCGGUGCUCGUUGUUUUCCGCCGCGAGAUCUUCUCGCACCGUCGCCAGCCCAGGGUGCCCUCACACACCAAGAUGGGCAACUUUUCGUUCUGGGCGGCCGUUGCAGGCGCCGGGUACUGCGACCACGUGCCACGAAAGAUCAUGGCGCGCGACGGGACGAUUGCGGACGUGGCUGUGGCCACCAUGCUGUGCGUGUGCGUGGCUCUCCCUCACCGAUGCGGCCUCGGAGGAGGCUUCUUCGCCACAUACUACAACCACAGCAGCCGGACCGCGAUCGCCUUUAACGCCCGAGAGAUGGCGCCCGCGGCCGCCACCGGGGACAUGUACUCCAGGAACUCCACACUGUCUGUUUUUGGUUUCCGUGCUUCCGCCAUCCCCGGCACUUUGAAGGGAUACGCCAGCUUGACCCAAGUGCUCGGCUCCAGGGUGCCGUGGAAGGACCUCUUUGAUGACGCCAUUCGCCUGGCUCGCGACGGAAUCCCCGUCUUCGAGGAUCUCGAGCGUCAGCUGAUGUUGCUCGAACCGCACAUUGUCUCCAACAGAGUGCUCUGGUAA